AUGGCUGGGAGGACCUAUUCAAGUUUUCUGUCCUCAGAUACAGAGAGCUGUGAAAGCCUGUCUGCAGAUGAAGAGGUCUCGGUGAAGAGCAGUGGCUCUCAGUCCUGGUCCUGGGGACUCAAAGAGGGGGGCACAUUGUUGUUUUUGCCAUCUGAUUCAAAUGAUCAACUCAUCAUCAAGCUUCAGAUACCUGGAGAGUCCUUCAAAACGAUUUCCUACAGUUACCGUGUGGGGCACUGCAAGGUUGGGAGACCAGAGCCAUCUAGGUCUGCCUCCUGGGGAAAUUCAGGUUGUGUGAAGGCUACCUGUGUCCUGCGUAACUUCAUGAGGAUGGACACGAGGACCAGGAGGGGAUCUGCAGCUCGCCGCCGUGUCCCAGAGGAGGAGUCUGCUGCUCUGCAGGAGGGGUUCUGCUGCUCACCACCGUGUCCCAGAGGAGAGGUCUGCUGCUCUGUAGGAGGGGUUCUGCUGCUCACCACCGUGUCCCAGAGGAGGAGUCUGCUGCUCUGCAGGAGGGGAUCUGCAGCUCGCCGCCGUGUCCCAGAGGAGGAGUCUGCUGCUCUGCAGGAGGGGAUCUGCAGCUCGUCGCCGUGUCCCAGAGGAGGAGUCUGCCGCUCUGCAGGAUGUUUCAAGGAUGGGCUCCAACAACGCAGCAAGAGAGGCAAUCCGUGUGUGGGAGAUUUUCAAUCUCCUACUUCUUCGAAGAGGGUGCUGUUCCCUGGCAACACCGUAGACUACACUAUGCACAACCAAAGGCUCUUUAAAGAGGGUGCUGUUCCCUGGCAACACAAUAGACUACACUAUGCACAACCAAAGGCUCUUUAAAGAGCCAUCCACAUUGCAAUAAGAGUAUUCUUCCAUUUACUUAACUAUGUCAAAUGCAGUUAUUCAAUUCCCAGUUUCUCGCCCUUUGAUUUCUACUUCUCAGGUAAGGUUGUGAUGUCUGUAAAACAGAACGGGCUAUUUUUAAGUCACCCAUAUUGAAACUAUGUAGAACCAUUAGACCCCCUAUAACCCACACACUCGUGUAUCAAUGUGAUUGAUGGAUUGUGUUGAGCAGUGAGCAGGCUCAGGUGUAUAACUGUGGCUCCUUCCACCUUCAAAGAACAUACAAGGGGGCCAACCAUGGACAAUAGGAAGACACUUCAUUAUUUCUAUAACUACGAUGUAUUGUUCGUCCUUGUGGGUCCGUACAUGUUUUUCAGCAUAAAGUUCUCUGCAGCCACUUAGUGUGGUGUGGACACCAGGUGAGGCCACACACACAGAUUCCUGUUGAACACUGUCGCUUUAACUACCUUAUUUUCUCAAUAACAGUCUCUCUCCUUCACUUCAUCCUUCUUUUCCUUAAAUCAUCUAGGUUAUAUCAGCUGUGUCGGUGAACCCCUCACGCAUCUGAACUGGCUGACAGAGAGGGCACAGCAUGAUCAGAGGUAUGAUUUGAUGUGAGAGAGGAUGCCAACCCCCAGUCCCGUCAUCGUCACCUCACCCGCUCUUAAAGAUAACCUCUGGGCCGACGAGAGACACUAUUAUGUCAUUGUGAUGAACUGAGAGAAUAUUGGGGUAGCACCGUGAUUCAUUAAUCAUGUGCUGCCUUCCCUGCCCCUAUGUUCUUACCUCUUUCCCUUUCUGUCUUUUACACCUCUCUUUCCACCUCCUCUUUCCCUUUCUGUCUUUAACAUCUCUCUCUCCACCUCCUCUUUCCCUUUCUGUCUUUUACACCUCUCUCUCCACCUCCUCUUUCCCUUUCUGUCUUUAACACCUCUCUUUCCACCUCCUCUUUCCCUUUCUGUCUUUAACACCUCUC